GAUGUCCUGGAGGACUGAAAUGUCACACACUGCUGGGCCUAAAAGCAUGAGAGCGUGAGUGUGUGUCUAAAGGCUGCAGGCUCUGGGUACAGGUGUGUUUCUCAGGAAGGUAAACAAUGUGCCUCUCCACCUGAGGGCAAAGCUAAGUGGUCCAUUCCAUCACUUGUUGUUGUUUUCUACGUGUAGGGUAUUAGAGGGUUUUUGCGAGGCCCACAGGACAGGAUGUCUCGCCUCCUCCGCACCACUGUGCCCUUGUUCCACCGAGCGGCGGUCAAGAAGUCACCUGGGAAGAGGUACUUCCAGACCUUCCCCGUGCUAUGGAACCAGCAGGCUCCCAAAGGUGUGAAAUACACCGACGUCCUGGUGGGGGUGCCAAAGGAGAUCUUCAAGAAUGAGAAGAGGGUGGCUCUGUCUCCAGCCGGCGUGCAGGCCCUGGUCAAGCAGGGCUUCAAAGUCCAGGUGGAGAGCGGCGCCGGGGACAGCUCGCAGUUCUCCAACGACAUGUACACGGAGGCCGGCGCCAAGAUCACGGACACCAAGGGCGCCUUCAACUCAGACCUGAUCCUGAAGGUGCGAGCGCCGGUCUUCAACGAGGCGCUGGGUCGGCACGAGGCGGAGCUGCUGAAGGCCAAGUCGACGCUGGUGAGCUUCAUCUACCCGGCGCAGAACCCCGAGCUGAUGGAGAAGCUGUCCAAGCAGAGCUGCACCGUGCUGGCCAUGGACCAGGUGCCGCGCGUCACCAUCGCCCAGGGAUACGACGCGCUCAGCUCCAUGGCCAACAUCGCAGGGUACAAGGCUGUGGUUCUUGCUGCCAAUAGCUUUGGGAGAUUCUUCACAGGCCAGAUCACGGCAGCUGGGAAAGUACCUCCAGCUAAGGUGCUGGUUAUCGGUGGAGGCGUGGCAGGCUUAGCUGCAGCUGGAGCAGCCAAAUCAAUGGGAGCCAUCGUCAGAGGAUUUGACACAAGGCCUGCUGCCCUGGAGCAGUUCAGGUCGUUUGGAGCAGAGGCCCUGGAGGUGGACAUGAAGGAGUCCGGAGAGGGAGUCGGCGGCUACGCUAAGGAGAUGUCGCCCGAGUUCAUCGCGGCCGAGAUGGCCCUGUUUGCCAAGCAGUGCAAAGAGGUCGACAUCCUUAUCAGCACGGCUCUCAUUCCAGGUAAGAAGGCCCCCAUCCUGAUCAAGAAGGAGAUGGUGGAGAGCAUGAAGGACGGCUCUGUGGUGGUGGACCUGGCUGCAGAGGCCGGAGGCAACAUCGAGACCACCACUCCAGGAGAACUCACCGUGCACAAGGGGGUGACUCACAUCGGCUUCACUGAUCUCCCCAGCAGAAUGUCCUCGCAAGCCAGCGCCCUCUACUCCAACAACAUCCUCAAGCUGCUGAAAGCCAUCAGCCCCGACAAGGAGUACUUCCACUUUGAACCCAGGGAGGAGUUUGACCACGGGACGCUAGACCACGUUAUCCGUGGCACUAUGGUGAUGCAGCAAGGCAAGAACAUUUUCCCAUCGCCAUUACCCAAGACGCAGCCUCCAGCCCCAGUGAAGCAGAAGUCAGUGGCUGAGAUCGAGGCCGAAAAGAAGGCGCAAGUGUCCCCUUUCAACAAAACCAUGACCAACGCAGGGGUCUACACUGCAGGGUUUUCCACUGUCCUUGGUCUGGGUCUAAUCGCCCCCAACGCUGCCUUCACACAGAUGGUCACCACCUUUGGCCUGGCAGGAAUUGUGGGAUACCACACCGUGUGGGGCGUGACGCCGGCUCUGCACUCGCCCCUCAUGUCCGUCACCAACGCCAUCUCAGGUCUGACUGCUGUGGGUGGCCUGGCCCUCAUGGGUGGAGGUCUCACCCCAUCGAGCCUCCCCGAGAGUCUUGCCCUGGCAGCUGCAUUCGUCUCCUCAAUCAACAUCGCAGGUGGCUUCCUCAUCACCCAGAGGAUGCUGGACAUGUUCAAGAGGCCCACGGAUCCCCCCGAGUAUAACUACCUGUACGGCAUCCCCACUGCGGUCUUCGUGGGCGGAUACGGUGCAUCAGUAGCUAGCGGCUACCACAUAGAACAGAUGAUGUACCUGGGCUCGGGCAUGUGUUGUGUAGGAGCCCUGGCGGGCCUGUCUGCCCAGGGCACCAGUCGUCUGGGUAACGCCCUGGGCAUGAUGGGUGUUGCCGGGGGCAUCGCUGCCACCCUGGGUGCCCUCAAGCCCGCCCCCGAGCUGCUGUCACAGAUGUCACUUGCCAUGGCCACCGGUGGCACCAUAGGAUUGACCAUCGCCAAGAGAAUCGAGAUCAGUGACCUCCCUCAGCUGGUGGCAGCCUUCCACAGCCUGGUGGGCCUGGCAGCCGUGCUGACCUGCGUGGCCGAGUACAUGAUCGAGUACCCGCACCUCGACGCCCACCCCGCUGCCAACGUGGUGAAGACCGUGGCCUACCUCGGCACCUACAUCGGGGGCGUCACCUUCAGCGGCUCUCUGGUGGCUUAUGGCAAGCUUCAAGGUGUUCUGAACUCUGCCCCAUUGAUGCUGCCUGGCCGCCACAUGAUGAACGCCGGCCUGAUGGCUGCCUCCAUGGGCGGCAUCAUCCCAUUCAUGCUCACCGACAGCUACACCACCGGCAUGGGCUGCCUCAUGGGAGUCUCCGGCCUCUCCACCAUCAUGGGCGUGACGCUGACGGCGGCCAUAGGGGGCGCUGACAUGCCCGUGGUCAUCACGGUGCUCAACAGCUACUCCGGCUGGGCCCUGUGUGCCGAGGGCUUCCUCUUGGACAACAACCUCAUGACCAUCGUCGGCGCUCUGAUUGGCUCCUCCGGAGCCAUCCUGUCUUACAUCAUGUGUGUGGCCAUGAACCGGUCUCUUCCAAAUGUGAUUCUGGGCGGCUACGGCACAUCGUCCACAGCCGGCGGCAAACCUAUGGAGAUUGUGGGCACCCACACUGAGGUGAACGUGGAGCAGAGCAUUGACAUGAUCAAGGAGGCUAACAGCAUCAUCAUCACUCCCGGUUGGGGUCUUUGUGCUGCCAAAGCGCAGUACCCCAUUGCUGACAUGGUGAAGAUGUUGUGUGAACAGGGCAAGAGUGUGAGAUUUGGCAUUCACCCCGUGGCUGGACGUAUGCCUGGUCAACUCAACGUGCUGCUGGCUGAGGCCGGAGUUCCCUAUGACAUUGUGCUGGAGAUGGACGAGAUUAAUGAAGAUUUCCCAGAGACUGACUUGGUCAUGGUCAUUGGAGCAAACGACACAGUGAACUCCGCCGCACAGGAGGACCCCAACUCCAUCAUUGCUGGAAUGCCUGUCCUGGAGGUCUGGAAGUCUAAGCAGGUGAUUGUGAUGAAGCGUACACUUGGUGUGGGUUACGCUGCAGUGGACAACCCCAUCUUCUACAAGCCUAACACCUCCAUGCUCCUGGGAGAUGCAAAGAAGACAUGUGACCUGUUGCAGGGUAAAAUUAGAGACACGUACUAUUAAGCUCCAAGCAUGCCAAUCUGUGAUCAUUUCAGUCAAAUUUGUAUUUAUUAAUAAUUGAUGAUGAUUAAUAACUGAUGAUGUUGUCCAUAUUUUGGUUGAAGAUGAUGUAUGAUUGUCGUAUUUCAGUUCUGUUUCGGUAGGUUAUAUUGUGGAUUCAAAAUCAGAAACAAGUUAUUAAAGAGUCUGGAGAUGUCAGAGAUGUGCCAAAGAUGUUAAACAAAUGACAAACACAAAUCAAAAUUGAACAGCCAUGAACAGUUUAAUGAAGUGCAUGCAUUUUCUGAUUUGUAAAUAAAAGUAUUUCACUAUGACA